CGCUACGAUAGCCGACCUGCUGACGUCCAUUUUGCUCGUUUGUUGGUGCGAGCGUCCCUGAUUUAUGAGCCGCCUUUAUAGCCGCCUGCUCAUCGAAGUUUGAAUAAUGGAGGGAGCACCAGGAGGUGGUAGAGGUAGUUUUCGAGGCCGUGGAGGCCCAGGUGGAGUAAUGAGGGGACGCGGUGGUUUUGGAGAAAGAGGAAGAGGUGGUCCUCCUCGAGGUGGUAGCAUGAUGCGUGGCGGACGAGGUAAUGGACCUGGCGGGAGAGGAGGUCCACCAAUGAGAGGCCGAGGUGGCCCUCCUGGCAGAGGUGGACGAGGUGGACAUUUUCCUCCAGGACCACCAGAAGCAGGAAUGUCUAGUGGACCUGGAGGUGGCCCGCCACCAUUAGGAAUGGGUGGUCCUCCACGAGGUGGUGGCGGAAGGGGUGGUGGUAGUAAUAGCUUCCGUAGCAGAGGUAGAGGCGACUUCGGCAGGGGAGAUAGCCGCGGAGGAAGCAAUAAUUUCCGAGGUCGCGGCAUGGAUAGAGGUAGAGGAGGAUCCAGAGGAGGAUCAAGCAGAGGUGGACCCAGCCGUGGUGGCUUCGAUCGUGGUCGGGGGACUGGUGGUGGACGUGGUGGUCCUACGAAACGAGGAGGAGGCCCACCUAGCUCGAGUGGACCCUCUAAAAGGCCACGCUUUGAUCAGCCGUCUUCCCAACCAUCUAAUGGCUACGCUACACAACCUCCUAGCCAAGGUUAUGGAGGUUCAAGUAACGCUUAUAGCAGCCAACAACAACCGCAGCAGCAACAGUCCGUAGGAUAUGGUAGCGGUGGCUAUGGCUCACAGCAAGGCUACACGCAGUCUUAUCAGGGCUAUGAGAGUUAUCAGCAGCCUCAGGAUUAUGGACAAACGGGUUAUCCACCGUCCGCAGCAGAUAGCAGAUAUGGCGGGGCGUCAUCGGUUCCAGCUGCAGGAUUCGGCGCUAACGAUCCGUACAGUUACGGCAAAGCUCCGCCGUCAGCCGAUUACCAGCAGGAGGCAGUGUCAACCGCGGGACCGGGGGGCGGGGCCGGUUAUGUCUCAGCUAAUCCAUAUGACGACCGAUCUAAUGUCAACAUAAUCAACCGGGGUUAUUCGACGCAACCUUAUGAUUAUCCGAGUCAGGACGGUGUUUAUGGGAAACAGGACUAUGCACGAGAAACAGAGAAAAAGUGGACGAGACACACGCAAAAACCAGCAACUGCCCUAGGAAGACAAGCUAAUCAAAAAGACUGAAUUUGGGCGAAUAAGUAUGAUAAUUAGACGAAAGAUUAUCUCGGUAAUAUAAAGUAACAAAAAGAAUAUCUCACCCCUGAGUCAUACGUAAACGUAGCGUUGGAAAUAAUUGACAAGCCCAGAUAUAAGGCCCGACAUCUCUUAUAGUUUCUAAAAAUUCAAUUAUUAGUACACAAUAUUAUGAUAUUUGAGUAUUAUUACUUAAGAAAUAUGAUAUUUAUAGAACAAUAUGAGUAUAAUAUGAAUGCAAUUAUAGAGUAAUAUAAUGAAUUUAUUAUAGAGUCAUAUGAGUUCAGAGCAGUAUCAUUUGAGUACAAUUACAGAGUAACAUCAUAAGUGCAUUGUAGAGCAUAUGGAGUUUAAGCAGCGGAAGGUACUUAAAAGUACUAAUAAUGACCAAGUUUGAUGAAAAUCAAGUUUAUUUCACAGGCGUAGCAACAAGCUGAGAUACUUAAGAAACAAUGAAUGAAAGUCAGAGGGUGAGAGACAGAAAGUAUCGUUCUUCCAGCAAGAAACAUGUCAAAUUUGUUAAGUCAACCACCCUCACUUAAAAGAGAAAAGACAAAUUGAAUAAAUAGUGGAUGCAGUCCAGUUAGCGCUAUUCAAAAUAGUUUAAAAAUAAUUUUAAAAUAUAUAAAAUUAGAAGAGUCA